CUUUUUGGGGGGAGAAAAUGAAGGGAAAAACAACAGAAAAAACAAAACAUUAUAUGAAAAAGAAAGGAAAGAUUGCGGUUGGUAAUAAAUAAAAUUUAGGUUAAUUGGGUUAGUAGAAGAUAAAAAAAAGUGAUAAAAAGUUAAAAACGUUAAACUGAUAAAUUUAGGAAAAAUUAAUAAAAAUAAAUAUUUAAAUUCUCUUAAUUUUUGGCAAAAUGUUCUUCUAAUAAAUGUCUGACGUCUGCCGUCUCUUAAAUUUACACAAUCUCUCGUUUAUGAGAAGAAAUAUAAAAUAUCGAUAAGACAAAAUGUCAAAUAAGGCUAAAAUUGACAUUUCGUCACAUCUAUGUUUUCUUGUCUCUUAAAUUUAUACACUCUCUCGUUUAUAGAGGAAAUACAAAAUAUCAAAAUGUCAAAACGUCAACUAGGCCUAUUUUUGACAUUUUGUCUCACUUCUAUGCCUGCUCUCUCUUAAAUUUAUACAGUCUCUCGUUUCAUCGAAGAAAAUCUAAAAUCUUUAAAAUAUCAACACGACAAAAUGCCCAACUAGUCAAAUUUUGACAUUUCGUCGAACUAAGGGAAUUAAACGUUUGAUUACGUAACACCUUAUUGACUUGUUUAUCAUACAUUUUAUUAUCAUUUUUUGUUUUCUUUUUCUUUUUAAAUUAACUUCCAAAGUUUUCUUUUGUUAUUCUAGACACAAUUCAUCAUUUCUAUUUGAUUUUUCAAAUUUAAUGGUAACUACUAAUAAAAAUAUUAUUCUUAUCAAACAAGACAAACAACAACAUUUAGCUGCUUCGUGUUCUCCAAUUGCAAGUUUGGAAACUGCAUUGAAUGAAUUUACAAAAUUAAAUAUUGAAGGGGAUUGUAAAAUACAAGCAACUUGUAAAACAAUGAGACGAACUGGAUUCCAUUACUACAAUUACAACAAAUGCCGUUUUUCUCCUUAUCAAAUUCCCAAAAGCAAUAUUGAAGCUAUCCGAAAAUAUUUAUGCUCUCUUGUUAUUAAACAGUCUAAUAAAGACAAUUUUGAUCAAGAUUUACUUGUAAAUAUUCAAUUAAAAGGAUGUGAUUUUUAUGGAAGAUCUUUACAAAAAAAUAUUUUUAAUAUUACAAAAAAACAACAAGCUUUACCUUGUUGGUUACAACACAAUAAAAAAAGAAGCUUAAUUUGGCGUAAAUCAAAAGAAGAAGAAAAUUUGAAAGAAGAAAAUUUUUCUUCUUCUUCUUCAACUUCCUCGGUACCUGUUGGAGUCGAAAUUGACAAUCAUCUUCAAGAAACUGAGGAAAAACCAACGGAUUUGGGUUUAACUGAAUUAUCUGAUUAUUUUCAACAUUUUGUAUGCCUUUGUUCUCCUAAAAUGUCUGAUUUAGCUCAGAGUAUGUAUGCUUAA